AUGAAAGCCUUGCUCAUUACCACUGAGAGCGCCGAGAUCCUCUUCCACUGGACCGACCUGGGUUUCCAGAACAGCAUCCAGGAGCAGUAUGGUGCCGCUCAGGAGGAAGGCCAGAGGCUUCCAGCCUUUGAAGACAGCAUCAGCACCUUGUUCGCACCUAUUAUCAUCUCCUGCAGUUCCAUGGUUGACAGUAUGGGUGACGGCUACACCUGCUUCACCACAGAGAACAACCACAUCUAUGUACUACAGCAGUUCGACGAGUGUCUCUACAUUGCUGUAAAUGGAGAUGGCGAGGAGGAGGAGGACGAUCUGAGGAGGAAGAUCUAUGUAACGAAGAAAAUAAUCGAGGUGCUCUUCGGCAUGGUCACUCUCAGCGGUAGUCUCAUCAGAAGAGAGCUGCGUCCUCAAGACACAGAGCAAAGGGCCCGUCUGUGGAAACAUCUCCAAAGUCUGCUAGACACCCACAGCCACCUCAGGGAGACUGACCAGAGCUUCUUAGUGGAGGCGGUAGAGAGGCUCAUCCACCCCACGCUGUGUGAGCAGUGCAUUGAGUUCUUGGAGCGACGUCUAGUUCAGCAGCUUAAUAGCAGUGUAGAAAGAGCUGGAGAGGAGGUGCAGCAUGCUUUUAUCCUGGUGCACACCAAGCUACUGGCCUUCUACUCCAGUCGCAGUGCGAGCACACUCGCCACUUCGGACCUUUUGGCCCUCAUCAUCAUGGCUCAGAACAUGUAUCCUAGCAACAUAGACCAAGAUGACCACUCCUCCGAGGAUUUUGAUAGUACAAGUGGUUCAGGCCCAGAGAGCUUUUAUACACCUCAACCUUCCCCCACUGACUCAAGCAGUUCAGGUCACUUUAAGCCACUCAUCAAAGAAGCUACGGUGUUUGAGUUUGUGGAUCCCGACAUUCAUAUGGCAGAAGACAGUCUACACACUCUGGAUGUUCCUCCCCCAGAUCCAUCCGCACCACGCAGGGUGUUUCUAGAGGUGUCUCACAAGGAGGGUCUGUAUCCCAUGAUGCCUCACUCGAUGUACUGCCUGCCACUGUGGCCGGGAAUAACACUAGUACUGCUGACUAAGAUUCCCACCAGUGCAGUGGCUGUGUCCGUCUACAUGUUCCUGGAGGCCUUUGCCAAACUGGAGAAACGUUUGAGUGAAGGCCAGGAGGGAUCGUCUGCUACUAGAAGUCAACCAACAAUACACGACAUAAGAAGCAAACUUGACAAAUUCAUCAAAGCUCUUGGGCCCAGUGACAUUCAAUCUUCCCAGUUACAAAAUGUCUGGAGUGAGUUCAAGAACAGGGCCUUUUCCCGAGGUGGACCUGGCUUCAACAGAGAUCUCAUCCCUUGGUGUCAAAACAUGAAGACUCAGCUGUGUGGCAUUUACCGCCAGUGCUUCCUAAUUGACUCUGGUCCGGCUGACAUUCCGCGGAAACUUUCUACUGUUCUGCAGGAGCGAGCCCAGGCCAUGCUGCAGGAAAAACUAAUAGACUGGAAGGACUUCUUGCUAGUGAAAAGCAAGCGAAACAUCACCAUGGUGUCGUACCUAGAGGACUUCCCGGGCCUCAUCCACUUCAUUUGCGUUGAUCGAUCCACAGGCCAGAUGAUCGCACCGUCCCUCAACGUCACCGAACGCUCCACGUCAGAGCUGGGAAAAGGUCCAGUGGCUCAGUUCAUCAAAAACAAGGUGUGGAGGCUGGUGAGCACAACACGGCGUUACCUCCAAAAGGGUUACUCCACGGUCACCCUGCGAGACGGCGACUUCUAUUUUUGUUACUUCCUCUGGUUUGAAAACGAAACUGGCUACAAAUUGGAGGCAGUGGAAAUGCCCGUCCUACCCGAUGACUCUGCCCCCAUCGGGACGCUUGCCUGGGAUUACUACAGGAAGCUGCUGCGCUACUACAGUAAGAGCCACCAGGGUGAGGUAGUAAAGUGCUACGAGUUGCUCACGGUGCACCUGGGUGUCAUUCCCACUGACAUCAUACUGCAGCACUGCAAACAGCUAGCCAGCAAGCUGUGGGAGCCCUCGCGCAACCCACUCCUCUAA